CCCUAGCCCCACGUUCCGCCCCGCCGCCGUGCCGUUCCGUUCCGUUCAUUUGUCGUCGCCGCCGACGACCCAAUCCCCUCCCCUCCCCUCCCCCCACCCCCCAAACUCCCCCGCGGCCGCCUCCGUCCCGCCCUUCCUCCCUGGGCCAUCGCGCGGCGCGCUCCUGCCGUCCCCGCCCCGCCCGCGGUCUCUGGCCGCCGAGCCUCGAGGUGCGAGCUAGGUCGCCUCCGUCCGGCGACCCUCCUGCUCAAUCCCACUCCACGAUGCGCGCCGCUUAGAUCCCCAUGCUCAUGUGGCGCCGCAAAUGCGUCGCCGAGUGCUGCAGGCACGCCCGGGCCCCGCCCGCGGCGCAACCGUCCCCACCCCCUCGCCGCUGCCGCCGCCGCCUCUCCGUGCUCGCCGCCUGGGCGCACCAGCCGGACGACGACUCCACCUCCAGCGGCGAGGAGAGGCCCAGCUGCGCUCCUCCCCGUGAGGUUAUCUGGAGAAGGGGCUGCGCUCCCGGCGAGAAUCCCCGGAGGAGGAGCUCUGCUCCGAGCCUGAGCUCUGCCGGGGUCGUCAGGACGCUCCAGCGCCUGGAGAGGAAGCCUGCCAUCGCGUUCGCCUACUUCAAGGACACCGAGAGCAUCGGCUUUCACCAUGACCUUGCCACCUACGCCGAGAUCAUCCGCGUCCUGUCACAUAAGGGCCAGGGGAGGAUUCUGUUCUCCUUGUUCAGUGACAUCCUCUCGCCGGCCGAUGGCGGCGGCGGCGGCCCUGAGAUCGUGCCGCUCAUGGAUCAGCUCAGAAUGCACAGGACACAAUAGGGCUGUUUGGUGACCUCUGCAGGCUUGGAAUCGUCCCGGCAGCUUGGACUUGCAACAUACUUCUCAAAUUUGCAGCCGAGGGCGGUGACUCGGAGGUUGUUGUAUCGGCUUAUGAUCAAAUCAAG